AUGGUCAGUGAUAACUGUCCUUUAAUGGCCAUAGCCGCAAGUCUAGUGCCGUCUUAAUUUGUGUUCUGUCUACCAGUAUAGACGAAUUUCGUUCAACGUUUUCUGUCAACCGAAGUUGAAUAGCUACAAUCGUUAGAGUGCACGGAAACACAUCUUUGGAAGUUGGAUCGUGGAAACGAAGCUCUAUGGAACGAAGUCCUGUGAUGCGUAUACCCUCUGAUGUAAGAACAUAAAUUAUGGCAGAAAAGACACAGACAGCACAAAUGUCUAUUAAUCCUUGGCAGUAUCCUCCACAGUAUGGAAUGUACAAUCCAUAUGCUGGUCAAGCGUAUGGACAUCCAGGUUAUGGACAUCCUGGACCAUAUUUUUACUACAAUUCGAAUAUGGGAUAUAGCCACAGUGUGUUCGAUCAGAAUGCACAUCAUCAAAUUCCACCUAGCACACAUCAAGAUUUUCGGCAAGAGGAGAAUCAAGGUGGUACACCAGGUGGUCAGGCAUCACCAGAUGAAAAUAUUUGUGGCCAGCGCAAUGAAAUGCCACCACUUCCUCCUGGUCCUCCUCCACCUGCUAACCAGAACUAUCUUUUGCCAACACCACCAGCCUCAGCUGUCACAUCCAGAUCACCUCAGUUCUACAAUCAACCAGGAAACACGACAUAUGGUCCCAUAAAAUUUAGUCUUCCAAAUAAAAAGCCCGGGAUUGGUUUCAAGCCGUUCAAUAACAGUGGAGCAAGCAAGAAGAAGCGUAAGAAUAAAAAUAAGAAGAAUGCACAAAACCUUAACAAUUCUCUCAGUGAAAACUUUAUGCCCAGUUCACCAGGUGGCCUAAUGAUACAUCCUCCCCCUCUUCCUCCAGGCGACAAUACACCGCUGUUUCCUCCUUUGCCUCCUGAACCGGCGCCCCCGUCAGCAAUGCGUGAAAAGUCAUCAGAUGAGGCCGAGGUAACAAAUGCGGCUGCAGAAGAAGAUUCUGGAAAACCCUUUUCUGUUUCUAAAACACUACAGGAGCGGGCAUCUGCUGCUGUAAACCACGCAGAGACACACCAGUAUAUGGAAGCACUCGCACGAACUGCUCAGUCUGUCAUAACAGGUGAAUGGCCGGAGUCUCUAAAGAACUAUAUAAAUCGAUGUUAUGAUCAGUGCAUUGAAACAGUAGACAAAGAUAGAGUUGAGAUAAUCUUGAAAGGUAAAAUUACAAGAGCUGCUAGUGAAGGGACUUUAUGGACGAAGAACUGGGAUGUUGAGCCAUUACCAAGCAUCCAUACUGAGAGAAAUGUAGAGCUCAAGAAGACUUUUCCUACAACACCAGAUUCCAAUGUGACACCAACUGUUAAAAUGACUCCAAUUGGUCGGGGUAAGAAACCGAAUCUGUCAGCAGCCCUCGGUUCAAGGUUGGGAGCUCGAUGCUACAGAAACCAACGCCGUUCACGAUCUCGGUCAAGAUCCCACUCGAGGUCCAGGUCUCGUUCUAGGUCGAAGUCCCACUCACCCUCUGGGAAAAGCCGCAGGAACAGGUCACGAUCAAGAGACAGUUCUCGAAGCAAGAGCCCAGUGAGGCGGAGGAGGAGGAGUGGGAGCUCCUCAAGUAGUGAUGACAACUUCAAGUCACUGAAGGUUACAUCCAAAGUUCGUGCAACUGCUCGUAUUGCUGAUAGGUUGAAUAUGAAGAACAGAAACUUAAAUAAAGGAAAAAUAGGAAAAGCUAAACAAAAUAAUAAACUGUCAAAAAGCCAUUUCUACUCCGAGUUUGGUUCUCAGUUCAAUGGUAACGAGGAUUUUGGUAGUUCGGAAAGACUGCAACAACGGGCAGCUCGUUUCAGCUCUAAUUUUAAGGAAUCUGAAGUUGCUUCACCAACGGAUACUCCUCAACGGAAGAAGAAACCUCUCAGUCUUAUAACAACAACAAUACAAAAUAACCUUUAUUUUGUUGAUUCAACUGGUGACCCAGACUUGAGCUCCUGUAGAAUUGUGGGGACAUGCCAGGAUAUAGAAAAACCUUACCUUCGUCUCACCUCAGCACCUCAUGCAUCUGCCAUCCGUCCUGUUGAAGUUCUUAAACAAUCGUUGCAAAUGGUGAAAGACCGCUGGAUUAACAAGCAAGACUACAGAUAUGCUUGUGAUCAAAUGAAAUCUAUCAGACAGGAUCUCACGGUUCAAGGAAUAAGAGAUGAAUUUACAGUACAAGUUUAUGAGACACAUGCACGAAUUGCUUUGGAGAAGGGGGAUCAUGAAGAAUUCAAUCAGUGUCAAACACAGCUGAAAAUGUUGUACUCAGAAAUAGGUGGCCAGAACAAGCUAGAGUUCACUGCUUAUCGUAUUCUGUAUUACAUUUACACAAAGAAUACUCUCGAUCUCACAACAAUUUUAGCAUCACUGACACCAAUUGAUGAAAAAGAAGAGUGUGUUUCAUUUGCAUUGGCUGUACGUUCAGCAUGGUGGCUUGGAAAUUAUCAUAAGUUAUUUCAACUGUACAGAGAAGCACCAAUGAUGACAGCGUACUUGAUGGACUGGUUUGCAGAUAGAGAGAGGAAAUCUGCGUUGAAAAGCAUGGUGAAGAGCUAUCGUCCAUUUUUGCCAGUGAGUUUGGUGACUCAGGAACUAGCUUUUGAAUCCGAUGAGAAAUGUUUAGAGUUCCUCACUCCAUUUGGCCUUAAAUUUGAUGAUGCCCAAAGGACCAAGAUUGAUUGUAAAACAAGUUCUACCAUCAUCUCCAAUAUCUGAGGCCAUUGGUCAUUAUUUCCAAUGGAAUCAUUUAUGGUAACUUUUUGUAUUCUCAGUGGGAGGUUCCAGUUGGUCUUCAAGCAGUGUUUUCUUUCAUACAUCAAUCUUAAGUUGCCAUUACAUAUUUCAUUCUUUUUCCACAUCACAGGAGAUUAGUGAUGUGAAAUAACUGCAUGGCUGGUAUAGUUUUGUUUUAUUUUGUCUCUCCUGGAGGUAUUUCUGACUUAGUGUAAAUUGCAGUCUUGAGUAUGGCAGAUGUGACAGAAGACUUCAUGAAGAUCAUCAAUCUGGGGAAAAUGAAAAGAGCUCAGAGAUAAAGUUAAUUUUGCCUUACAGAUUGGCGAGGUGCAAAGAGAAACAUGGAAGUUUUGAAAUGCUGCUCCUGAUGAAGAUGUGGAACAUAGAGAUUUCUUGGGAGGCUACAUCUUACUUCGAAAAUAUAACUAUCUCAUUGUUAUAAUCCUGGGAAGAGAAUAAUCGCUACCGGCCAUCUAUAACCAAGAUAUCAUAUUGUUGUUACAUUGGAAAGAUAAAAACUGCUACUAGCCACCUCACUUGCCAUUGAAGCAGUAAAAACCUAUUGUCUGGAAUGGAAGUAACAUCAAACUUAAAUGUUGAUAGAGAACAAUGUGGAGGAGAUCAUGCAACAAAGGAAAUUCGUAUUUUGAUGAUGUGGCUAUUGAACAAUGCUUCCUGAAGAGCUAGGUGAUGCUGUAAACCUCUGAAUACCAGUGGGAAGCAUUUGCUGCAUUGGAAUUCUGCUUCAGAAGAGGAGUUUUCUUCAGCUACUUGGAAGACUUAAUGAAAGUGAUAUGACAUAGCAUAAAAGAUUCACUUUGAGAGGGUCUAUUUUCUGCAAGAGCCAGCUACUAAUUACUAUCUCUGAGCUUCAGAAUAAGAAGAUGCCUGCAGUUUUGUCACAUACUGCUGUAAUGACUCAAUAGGGUAUCCAUCUUUACAUGAAACAUCGUUGUUUUAUUCCCUCUUCAGUAGAGCCUUUAUUACCUCGACAAAUUGAUUGUUAUGCAAAUCUGUUGAUAUGCUAAUCAGUCUUCGGUAUUGUAACAGUUCUGGUAUACUCCUUUUGUUACUGGAACCUCCCUCUAGGUGGUCUCUUGUUCAGGUUAAAUGUAGAUAUUCCAGGAGGGUACUGCAGGUUCCAUGAACUCGUCGCUGGAGGCAGAAAUUCGUCGUGGAAAACAGCACACCGAGUCGACACAUCCCGAAGAUGUGGAAGCUGGAGAUAAAAGUACAAAUUCUGAGUUUUAUGUAAUUUUUGUGUAUUAUAUAUUUUGCAUUCCAGUGCAUUGACAGUUUUUGUUAUGUGUUAUGGUGAGUUUGUGUACAUAGACACUUUGACUUUGAGACUGAUUGUGCGUGUGUAAAUUCGGUCCCAGUGUAUAAAUGUGAAUAUCCGUAUGCCUGUGAUUAGGUAGGAAGUGACAUUGAUGAACAAUAUUUAUAUAGUGUGCACACUAUUAUUAAUAAAAAUGGUGUGUACAGGACUGCAUUAUUGUGGCUAAAAAAAAAGCCGGACAGUUUUCGGUGAGCAUCAUCCCAAUUUUUUUAUGUUGACUUUUAUUUAAUAAAAUGUUUUACUAUGCAACUUUUCUUAUAUUUUGUGUAAUAAAUGGUUUUCUACUGCAUUACUUUCAUUGUACCAAAUAUUUUUCAACUUUUCUAAAAUUUUAAAUUCUGAAAGCCUUUUUAAUUUCCUAAUUUAUUUAGGUGCAAUGAACUCUCUUUAAGUGUUCCUAUUUUUCUCACCAGUAAAUGUGUUUUGAUGUAAGAAUAAUUUGAUUAAAUGACUAAUUUUAUUAGUAUGUAACCAGAGCCAUAACUCUGGAUUUCACAGUUCAUGGUCCGGAGGUACGUCAUUGUAGAAAUACUUAAAUCUCGAAACAUUUGGUAAAAACAGAGUAUUUUUGUACCAGUGGUGUCAUGUAAUUUUUUUUCAGAAUUGCAAUAAAAUAUGAAAGAUAGAAACAAUUUAUUAAAAUGUUGAAUUGUUAAAUUUUUUGUCCCAGAUGCGUAAGUUAAUGUUUUGAAAGCUGUUAAAAGUGACUUCCACAGAAGUCAUUUGUGUACAAAGUUUUUUUGUAUGUAGAGUUUGCUGAAUACACAAAAUUACAAAAUUA